CCCCUCGGAUCCCAUGUAACGCACCUGAGAAGCUCCGAACACCCCGAAAACUCCUCGGUAACGCUUCCGUAACGCUUCAUGUUGGCAACCCGGCCUUGCACUUUACAGCAGGGAUCGCGAUCGUCAGUGGCAUGUGACGAAAAUGUCAUCGAUGACAAAACGAUCCACAACAAAAACCAAAGCGAAGAACAAAUGUACAAACAGUGAAUUGAAUACGCUAAAACCUUAAUUUCUAAAACUUACUUAAUCUCUAAUUGAACUAAAUUUGUAAUACGUAGAAUUCUAUUAUAAAAACAACACAAACACACCUGUUACAUUACGACGGAGAGCACACGUGGAAGACUUAUGUUCUAAAAGCAUACUCAACUACCCAAACCCCGAGUUUGCUAAAGAAGCGUCCGAAACCGUCUCCGCUCCCGUAACAGAACUUUUAGAACAUAAUCGUUCUAACCUCACACCAAUCUAUCGUCCGGAGCAUAGAGAUCUGCGGUACAAUGACGAUGGUUCCGCCUGAAUUUGUGAGCAAUGUUGGUGAGGUGUCGGUCAACCGAAAUUGUCGAGCAUGUAACCAACCCGAUGAAGCGGAUAGCCGAAUGGUCCAGUGCGACGGUUGUACCCACUGGUACCACUUCAAAUGCGCUGGUGUUGGAGACAGUAUUGCAGACGAAAGCAGAACCUACAUCUGUGCGUUCUGUUCGGCAUCACCCGCUGCUUCAGUGUCACAAUCCACAACAGCAAGUGCACGAGAGGCCAAGUUGAGGCUUGACAUGCAACGUUUAGCUGAGGAAAAGGAGCUACGCGCGAGACUUCUGGCAGAAAAGGAGAAGCAGGAAAAGGAUAUGCAGGAAAUGGCGAUGAGGCUGGAGAAGGAGAGGAGAGAUAAAGCAAUCGCCGAUUUGAUGAUUCUGGAGAAGGAGUUCAUUGAUAAAAAAUAUGAACUGCUUCAAGCUCGGCUGGAGGAAGACGACGAAGGAAGAAGUACCAGGAGCCGUCGCAGCGCUCGUCAAGACGCAGAUAGGAUACGAAAGUGGAUGAAUACGCAACGAGCAGAUACCGUGAGCGCCAAUCCUGGGGAAGUGGUCCCCACUGGGCUCAUGUCCGUAGCAACCAACGUGGCCCAUCCCUCAUCAGUACCUACGUUCGGCGAGAGCAGCGGACAGCGACCAAUAGCAACUGCUGGCGAAAUUUCUUGUGCUACUACCUUCGCCCCGACGUUCAAGGACCUAAUAUCGCCUGUGACGCUGGCCCAUUCCGUUUUGCCGGUGGAAACCAUAACAUCGUCGCCAAGCAAUGUCCAACCUACACCAUUGCAGCAAUCCACGCCACGGUCUGCAGCAGUCAACGUGAUGGAGCCGGUCUCGGUAUUGCCGAGAAACACGUACAUCAACGCUCAACAUGGUUUGUCUUUCCCAAACACGUCUACAGCUGCGGUAAGUAACCGACCGACAGUGCAGGCUGGCCUAGCGGGUAAUCUAGUCCAUCCACCAAGUAGCGAAGUUAUUCCAAGGUUCAUUCCCGGUCCAAAUUACAAUCAACCCGUGGGUUCGGUACCUCAAUCAAGUGUAGGUAACCAACCGGUCAUUUCGUCUAUCAGUUCAGCCCUUGAGAGUAGAGUUCCGGCUUCCCUAUCAUUGAAUCCUCCCUGGGGCGAUUAUGCCCCGGUCUAUCCAUCGGUACUGCCAGGUGAUCUUGCCCGCUCCUCUGUUUUCGCGGGAGGAGGCGCAGCAAUUCCUCAUUCGGCGCCAAGUGUUCCAAUUAUGUCGCAGAACAGUAUUCCUCCUAAUUUUUCGAUGCCCAUUGACAGUCGGGGCAUUUACAAUUUGUCCUCGCAACAUUAUCCGGGGAUAAGUGUGUCCAGUUACCAAGCUCCAAUCUUCUCGAUGCCGCGGCAGUCAAACCUUCCGAUACAACAGCUGCAAGGUCCAAACUCCCAACAGCUAGCCGCUCGCCAUGUGGUACCCAAGGAAUUACCAUCAUUCUCUGGGAAUCCAGCAGAGUGGCCACUCUUCUGGAGCAGUUUUGAGACGUCCACUCAGAUGUGUGGAUAUACAGACGCAGAAAACUUGAUGCGGCUGCAGCGAAGCUUAAAGGGGGACGCUAGGAAAUCUGUUAGCUGUUUUCUGCUGCAUCCAACGAAUGUACCAGAGGUCAUGAAUACAUUGCACUCGCUGUAUGGUCGUCCAGAGGCUAUCAUCCAUACGCUUCUGAAUGAAGUACGUGCCACCCCCGCUCCCCGACACGAUAAGCUGGACACCCUGAUCAAUUUCGGGCUUGCAGUGAGAAAUCUCUGUGUGCAUCUUGUUAGCACAAGACAAGAAAUGCACUUAGCGAAUCCCAUCCUGCUACAAGAGCUUGUGGAGAAGCUGCCAGCGAAUAUCAAGCUUGAUUGGGCUCUCUACAGACAACGUGUGCUGGUGGCCGACCUCCGAGCCUUCGCGGACUAUAUGAACGUGUUAGUGACAGCGGCAAGUAGCGUUACAACGAUCACUGAGCAGAGCGGCCAGAAACCAGACGUCCAAAAGGGAAAGGCGAAGGCCUUCGUGAAUCCUCACUCGACGGAGAGUACUAGGGCGGAAUGGCGGACCAAGGAAGGAACAAAGACGGAAGAAAGUUCAUCGGAUUUCAAACCGGAUCGGCCGUGUGUAGUCUGCAAAAUCAAUGGCCACAAACCAAAAGACUGCGAUGCGUUUAAGCAUAAAAAUCUGGCUGAUCGUUGGAAGAUCGCAAACGAAGUCCAUCUCUGCAAAAGAUGCCUGUAUCCUCAUGGACGCUGGCCCUGUAAGGCUCCGGCGUGCGGCGUAAACGGCUGUCAGCAACGUCAUCACCGCCUUCUCCAUCCGGGAGAACCACAGCCGAAUAGGACGAGUGCUACCGUCACCACUACAACGGGAACAGUAGCAGUUCAUCGACAUUUGCAGAGCAAGAUACUUUUCCGUAUAGUUCCGGUCAUACUACAUGCGAACGGGAAAUCGAUACAAACGUUUGCGUUCCUUGAUAGCGGUUCCGAUGCCACUCUGGUUGACAACUCUAUAGUGAAGCGACUGGGGAUUGUAGGUCAACCGACCCCUCUGUGUAUGCAGUGGACAAACGGAGUAAAACGUACGGAAGAAGAAUCGCAAAGUGUUCAACUUUACAUCUCGGGAAUGGAUUCUACGAAACGUUUCGUCCUGAAUGGUGUGCACACGGUCAAAAAGCUGGAUUUGCCUCGACAGUCGUUGCGAUUCGAGAACUUCGAAAGGGAUUUUCCACACCUUCGCGGGCUUCCGGUAAAGAGCUACGAUAAUGCGCUUCCCGGAAUUUUGAUUGGUCUGGACAACACUAAGAUCGAAGCGCCUCUAAAGUUGAGAGAAGGUAAGCCGGAUGAGCCGGUAGCAGCGAAAACUCGGAUUGGUUGGGUCGUGUUUGGAAGAAGUGGAGGUUCUACUGAAAAUCCCUUCCGUCAUGUGCUUCAUCUAUGCAGCCGUUCAGGUGAUGAUACGCUCCACGAUUUAGUGAAAGAUUUCUUCCGUGUCGAAGGCACGGGAAUAACAUCACCAGCCGCAUUGGAUUCCGCCGAUGAUGUACGCGCUCGAGAAAUCCUUAGAGCAACUACGGUUCGAACUCCCAAUGGACGUUUCCAAACAGGGCUCUUGUGGAAAUACGACCGAGUGGAAUUCCCAAACAGUAGGCCCAUGGCGGAGCGUCGUCUGCUUUGCCUGGAGAAGAGACUGCAAAAAUCACCAGAGCUGUACUCCAACGUAAAACAGCAGAUUAUUUCAUACCAAGAGAAAGGCUAUGCUCAUAUAGCAACGGACAAGGAGCUGGCAGAAUCGGACCCGAAACGAGUUUGGUACUUGCCUUUGGGUGUUGUUGUCCAUCCGAAGAAGCCGGAGAAAGUGCGCGUAGUUUGGGAUGCAGCUUCGACAGUCCAGGGGGUGUCACUCAACUCCGUCCUACUGAAAGGGCCGGAUCUGUUGACUUCUCUUCCUGCGGUGCUCAGCAGAUAUCGUCAGAGGCAGGUGGCCAUCAGUGGAGACAUACGGGAGAUGUUCCACCAGGUGUUGAUCCGUUCUGAAGAUCGCCAGGCACAACGCUUCCUGUGGCGCGACCAUCCUUCACAGCCAAUAGAGGUGUACGUGAUGGACGUAGCAACGUUUGGCUCCUCGUGCUCACCGUGUUCACUACAGUUCAUGAAGAAUUUGAAUGCGGACGAACAGGCGGACGACUUCCCGAAAGCAGCCGAGGCAAUAAAGGAAAACCACUACGUCGACGAUUAUUUAGACAGCGUAGAUACAGUCGAGGAAGCAGUACAACUGGUGAAAGAAGUUAGAACUGUCCACGCCACCGGAGGAUUUGAUAUUCGGCAUUGGAUGUCGAAUUCACCAGAAGUGAUCGAGCGAAUUGGAGACGGUAGCGAAGGUACAACCAAACACUUCGUAAUGGACAAAUGCAGCAGUACAGAACGCGUGCUAGGAAUGACCUGGCAGCCAAGCGAGGACAUAUUCUCGUUCUGCAUCCAGUUACGAGAGAACCUUCAGCGUUUUAUCGCGGGAGAGGCAGUACCAACGAAACGAGAAGCCCUGAGCGUGGUGAUGAGCGUCUUCGACCCUCUGGGACUGGUAGCGGUGGCGUUAGUUCACGGGAAGGUGCUGCUUCAGGACAUAUGGAGAGCCGGUGUUGGCUGGGAUGAGCAGAUUCCGGCGGAAACAACUAUUCGGUGGAAGGAGUGGGUCCAGAUGUUGAAGAAGCUUGAAGAGGUAAAGGUACCCCGCUGUUAUUUCCCUGGCUACGGGAAACAAGCCUACGAAACGGUGGAACUGCACGUAUUCGUCGACGCCAGUGAAUCAGCUUACGCGGCAUGUGCUUACUUCCGCCUGGUGGAUCAGGGCAUCAUCCGCUGUUGCCUUGUUUCAGCAAAAACAAAAGUCGCUCCUCUCAAACCGCUAUCCGUUCCUCGGUUAGAGCUUCAAGCCGCCGUUAUGGGAGCUCGCUUGAUAAAAACCGUUGUUUCCAACCAUACACUGAAAAUCCAUCGGAGAGUACUCUGGAGCGACUCCACAACAGUGCUGUCGUGGCUGCAAUCCGAUCCACGGCGUCGCACACAAUUUGUAGCAUUCAGGAUUGGCGAGAUCUUGGAGCUCACGGACAUUAAGGACUGGCGUUGGGUUCCGACAAAAUGUAACGUUGCGGACGACGCCACCAAAUGGGGGAACGGACCCAAUGUGGACCCGAACAGCCGCUGGUUUAAAGGGCCAACUUUCCUGUACGAGCGAGAAGAAGAUUGGCCUCAACGAAAACUUCCUUUAGCUGAAUCUCAGGAGGAGCUGCGUCCCUUGUACGUACAUACCCAUGUUGUAGUGGAACCAACAUUGGAUUUCAAACGCUUCUCCAAAUGGGAGCGACUGAUACGAUGCGUCGCAUUCGUGCGCCGUUUCUACGAAAACUGCCUGCGGAGAACUCGACGACAACCAUUGUGUUCUUCAUCUAGUUUAAGUCGAGAAGAACUGAGGAAUGCGGAGUUCGCUGUGUGGAGACUGGUUCAACUGGACGCGUAUCCGGAAGAGUUCGCGGUGCUGCUGAAAAACCUAAGUGUUUCACCUGAUCAGCGGCAGAAGAUUAAGAAAUGCAGUAGACUUCACGGCCAAUCUCCGGUUAUUGGGGAAGGAGAGCUCAUCCGAAUGGAACGCCGGACGAGGGAAGCGGAUUGGAUUUCUACGGAUGUAAAAUUUCCGCUAAUUCUACCAAAAGAACACUACGCGACUUUCUUGUUGGUCGAUUGGUAUCAUCGUACGUUCAGGCACGCCAACAGGGAAACUGUGACGAACGAGGUAAUGCAGAAGUACUUCGUGUCGGCCUUGAGAGUUCUGGUGCGAAGGGUAGCUACUCUUUGCAACUGGUGUAGAGUCUACAAAGCGAAACCUGAAAUACCACGGAUGGGACCACUUCCAGAUGCGCGUUUAACCCCGUACGUUCGACCCUUUACGUUCGUUGGGUUAGACUACUUUGGCCCUCUAACGGUAAAGAUCGGCCGAAGCACCACCAAGCGAUGGGUAGCACUCUUUACGUGCUUGACGGUACGUGCGGUCCAUUUGGAGAUAGUUGCAAGUCUCUCCACGGAAUCUUGCAAACUGGCGAUUCGUCGGUUCAUUGCUCGCAGAGGCGCACCAGCGGAGAUAUAUUCCGACCAAGGAACGAAUUUUCAGGGAGCGAAACGGGAACUUCAGACCGAAAUCUCCGCCAUCAACAACUCUCUCGCUGGAACUUUCACCAAUUCUGCGACACAGUGGAAGUUUAAUCCUCCAUAUGCUCCACAUAUGGGAGGAGCAUGGGAGAGGCUCGUGCGUUCGGUGAAGGUUGCUCUAAGUGCUUUGCCAGUAUGCAGGAACCCUGACGAAGAAACAUUGUCGACGGUGCUGAUAGAAAUCGAAGGCAUGGUGAACACCCGACCGCUGACCUAUCUGGCACUGGAAAAUUCGGAACAGGAGGCGCUAACACCGAACCAUUUUUUAAUGCUCAGCUCUUCCGGUGUGAAUCAACCGGCAGUUCAACAUGUGGAUCCUCGUACAGCAUUGCGAUCGAACUGGAACCUAGCCCGUGCGAUGCUUGACCGAUUUUGGACAAGGUGGAUCCAAGAGUAUUUGCCAGCCAUCUCGAAGCAGACCAAAUGGUUUGGUGAAGCAAGGUCUCUACAAAUCGGCGAUUUGGUAGUCAUCGUGCAAGACAAUUUACGGAACAGCUGGACCAGAGGAAGAGUUGUACGGGUGUAUCCAGGAAAAGAUGGACGUGUUCGCAAGGCAGAUGUUCAAACUUCAUCUGGCAUCACUCAACGACCGGCAACUUUGCUUGCAGUGCUAGAUGUUCAAGAGCCGGCUGGUUGUAUAGCGGAAGGAACUUCGCGCAAUACGGGUGGGGGCGUGUUGGCAACCCGGCCUUGCACUUUACAGCAGGGAUCGCGAUCGUCAGUGGCAUGUGACGAAAAUGUCAUCGAUGACAAAACGAUCCACAACAAAAACCAAAGCGACCAAACCAAACCGUCUCCGCUCCCGUAA